GGGCCAUGGCUGCGGGAUCCGAACUUUAAACACUUCUCCGGGACCGGAGCGGAUGCGCAAAUCCCAGAAAGGCCGGCGCCGCCAUGGACUGUAGCUGUGUCUCCGACCUUCUCUUCGCCCCGCCCGCCUUGCCGGCUCUCUGGACCCCCGGGUUUGCCUUCCCGGACUGGGCCUACAAGCCAGAGUCGUCCCCCGGCUCGAGGCAGAUCCAGCUGUGGCACUUUAUCCUGGAGCUGCUGCAGAAGGAAGAGUACCAGGGUGUCAUCGCUUGGCAGGGGGACUACGGGGAAUUCGUCAUCAAGGACCCUGACGAGGUGGCCCGGCUCUGGGGCAUCCGCAAGUGCAAGCCCCACAUGAAUUACGACAAGCUGAGCCGGGCCCUGCGUUACUACUACAACAAGCGGAUUCUCCAUAAGACCAAAGGGAAGAGGUUCACCUACAAGUUCAACUUCAGCAAAGUCGUGCUUGUCAAUUACCCCCUGCUGGACGUGGCGGCAGCUGCCACUGGCUCCCCACUCUUGCUGACCCCCAGUCCUUUUGGGGGGGCUCCUGGGCCAGAUGCUCCUCCCCUCACCCCUGAGACCCUGCAGACUCUGUUCUCUGCCCCACGUCUGGGAGAGCCGGGGGCCCGGACGUCCCUGUUCUCCCCUGAGACAGACAAACUACGUCUGGACAGCCCUUUCCCGUUCCUGGGCUCUGGUGCCACCGGCUACUCCAAGCCCCCUGGCCUGCUGGGUCCUUACGGCCGCGCCUUCCCUGAGUACCCCUGGAACUUUAACCCAUACCUCACAGGCCCCUUCCCCAAGCUGCCCCCUUCUCUGUACCCCCCACAUUUCUACCCCAACCCUCUGGCCAGCUCCCUGGGCCACCUGCCCUCUGCAGGGGCAGGGGGAGGCCCCACAGCCGCACCCCUGCUUGCUGCGACGGGGGAGGGCCUGGGCCCCGAGCGACCCUCAGGCCUGGCGGCGGCCCCCCGCCUGGCGCUGCCUGGGGCUGGGGGCUCCGAGGCUGCGCUGGGUGGGAAGGAGGACAGCGACUCGGAGCUGGAGAUCACCGACGUCAGCGGCUGCAGCUCUGACAGCGAGGGCGACGAGGGCCUCCCCGUGCCCCCCAAGGCCAAGGCGGGCAAAGGGGGGGCUGGCAGCUGAGCAGGCGUGGGCUGAUGGGUUCUACAGAGGCGGGGCCCAGGGCAGCCCCCCAUCUGCCCUUGACGUGCUGUCCAAGGCCCAGGACCACCCUCGGCCCCUCCCAGGGCCGGCACGUCGCUGCCCCGGGCUCCUUCUUCCCCAGCCCCACAGUGGGGGUCUCACCUCCCCCUCCAUAGCAGGGGGAGGGAAGUGAUGGCCUCCAGCCUCCUCCCUAGGCUCCAGUUUGAGGGGGUCCCCACCUGGCCCCACU